AUGAAUAAUUACCAAAAAGGAAAGAAACUUGAAAACAAAACUGCUGAAAGAUUGGAUGCUGUAGGCAUCAAAAAUAAUAAUAAUGGGGAAUCGAAAGCUCUUCGUAGCCACGGUUUCGAUAGUGAACGUUCUUCCCUAUUUCCGAAUGGGCCUGGAGAUG